UCACCACCACUACCGCCACCACCACUAUACGACAAACAGCUACAACGUCGGCAGCAGUGGCGGCGGAUAGGAAGGCGGCGAAGGCGGUGACGGCAAGAAAACGUCUACGACCACGGCAACGACUAGGACUACGACCACAGCUACGACGUCUACGACUACUACGACUACGACUACGACAGGAGGGAGUCGUGUCAAUCUAGUGGAAACGCUCAAGACGAGAUGAUGAAUUUUGUACGACCGACUUAUGGAGCUCUGGCGGUGUCUUCAACAGAUUCUUUUAGUUUCGCUGCGGGUUCCUUUGCUGCACACCCGGCCUUGCAGCAGCGUUCACCGUUUGCCAUACAGGAACUGUUAGGGCUAAGUAACACUGAAAGCCCCAAAUCCAGACCCGUAACUCAAGGAGAUGUUCUCCUAUCGACAUCGGCUUAUAUCUCAAGACCCCUCGUUUCGCCGGGUCAUGGGACACCGUUUAAGGACGCAAACCCAAUACCUUACAGUACGUGGAGGCCGGCUUUUCUAGAUUCACUUGGGUCAGCCGCCGCAAAUGCUUUUACCCUAAGUUCACCACAGAGGGCACUGAUCACUAAAGAUGCAUCCAGACAAGUUCUGGAAAAUGGUUUGAGUGACAAACGGACGUUAGAUAGUUUGGAAAGUCCUGGAGGUGGAGGGGGCAAAAAAAAGAAGAAGAAACGGAGACACAGGACAAUUUUCACCAGUUAUCAACUCGAAGAAUUAGAGAAAGCUUUCAAGGAAGCUCACUACCCGGAUGUUUAUGCCAGAGAGGUGCUAUCGCUGAAAACUGAUCUGCCAGAGGAUCGUAUCCAGGUUUGGUUCCAGAACCGCCGUGCCAAAUGGAGGAAAACUGAAAAAACGUGGGGGCGGAGUAGCAUCAUGGCAGAAUAUGGUCUCUAUGGCGCAAUGGUCCGUCAUUCACUUCCGCUUCCGGAGAGUAUUUUAAAAAGUGCUAAAGAUGGAGUCAUGGAAUCAUGUGCUCCAUGGCUGUUAAGUAUGCACAAAAAGUCUUUGGAAGCUGCUGAGAAAUUAAAAGAUGUUGAUGAUGUGAGUGACGAUAAUAAAAAUGAAAGCAGUAACGGCAGUUCCCAGCCGACUCGUGAUAAAGAAGAACUACGAUCGGAGAGUAUCGCUGUUUUACGCGCCAAGGCGCAAGAGCACAGCGCUCGCUUAAAGCGAGAUAUACAAGAAAUUCCGAACAUUAGCCGUCUUUCUUCGUCUAGAGAAAUAUUUGAAACGGUUUCACCAUAUUAUAAGGCUUUACAAGAUAGUGGCUUCACUGAUAAAAUAUUUUAUAUCUUGCAGCCUCCUCUACCAUCUGGUCGCAAGAAGAGAUCCCAUGCAAAGGCCUAUACCAAUAAACAACCGAUGGUUCAGACCUGUCCUGGAUGCACAGGCAUAGAAAAAUCUAAGUAUUCUCUAUGGCAGGCAAGCAAUAUAUCCUCUGUUGUUUAUGAAGCACAGGUAUCAGCAAAAUAUGUCAACGGCCGGUCAGAGACCAAGCAGUAUAUUGGAUCAGAGGAAGGUCAUAUCUCUGGUAUCUAUGGGAAAUGGUUCAAUGAAUUCAAGUAUCCAUUCUCUGACAAAAUAAACAAUGCAAGACCCCACACUGCAAAUAUUACGUCACAGAAGGUUGAAGAACUUGGCUGGGAGAAAAUUGCUCAUCCGCCUUAUCCCCAAGAUCUUGCUCCUUCAGAUUACCAUUUGUUCUAUAGUUUACAGAAUCAUUUGGUUGGAUUAACUCUCGAGACAACUGAGGAAGUCGAAACUGACCUUUCAAAGUUUUCUUCGAAACCGAAAGAGUUUAUCAGCAAUGGUAUCAAAUAA